AUGACCAUAUUCGGGCGCGGGUCGACCACCAAAAAAGAAAAUGUGGAUAACGCUGACGGCCGCAAUUCAGGUACCACGAAACCAACAGCACUCAUUGAUGGUGUGACGACACCUCCACGGGGUUUUGGCAUACGCUCUUAUCUUCAUCAGUUCUACCAGUCACCAACUGUUGAGGACAUCGAAUCGGCCGGAGCGUGGUACCUCCUCCCGCCGCCACCGGCUCAGCGAACCGGUCUCUGGCUCUGUCGCCUGUUGACCGUAUUUGGUUUAUUGUUGCUAAUUGGCGGGGCUAUCGCAAUUGUUGCCGGUUAUACCUGGCCCCAUGAAGGAGUCGAAGAAUCAAUUGUUCGAAUUGCUAUUUAUCAGGAUGAAGACGGGAAUUUCUAUGUACCGCCUGAAAAACUUGCCGAAAUUUUACAGGAUCCGAUGCGUCGUUGGAAAAUGAUCGGACUGUGUGUGUUUGCAAGCGGUGCAGUGCUGCUGGCAUUAAGUCUGCUGAUUCCAACAGUGGCACACUGUUUCAAGAGUAAACGGUUGGCAGCAUUUGUUAGCGAGGAUGGUACUCCAAAUGAGCCACCGAUACGCAUCUAUCCAGCUGGUUCGAACAAAGCAGAAGUGCAUCAUUCUGGCACCACCAAAGGAAAAAUCAGCCCCAGCUCCGGUCCAGUGCCAGUGAUGGAAGAAAUAGCAAAGGUCCAACCAGGAGAAGGCAAAAAAGCUGGUGAUUCGCCGAAAGCAGCCAGUGCUGAUGACCUACUGCUUGGUGACCAAGACAUACACUGA